CUCUCAGGCUUUUCUCCAAUGUUAUCGACUCGUAGCCCGUGCUGUCCAGGCUUUUCUCCAAUGUUAUCGACUCGUAGCCCGUGCUGUCCUACGGUUCCUGCACCUUCUGCACUCGCAACACGGCGGUGACACGAGCGACCGAAUCUCGCUGUUUUGCGUUUCCAACAUCGAACGGGCAUGAGGCCCCACGAGGACAGGCAUGACGUUUUCCUGUGACUUCUCGAGGGACGAGUGAGGAAGGGACGAGUGACUCCGAGCGUAAUGACGCGCGACUCCGCCGUGGAGAGGCCUAAUAAACAUCGUCGCCGUCGACGAUAAGCCUCGCGACGGACAAUGAAUGAUACGUGGUAUCGGCAGCCGACACGACCCAGCAGCAGCGGCGGAGCCCGAACGGUCCCUUGAGGAAGAGUGUUGCGUCUUGUUGCUGUCGGAAGGCCGGAGGAACGUCGAAGGAGGAUGGUAAAUCGCCCUUUAACGAUGGGUCUCUGAGGAAGAUCCCCCACACCCGUCACAUCGACUCCCAUGCACUUCUGGAUCAACAAACCAGCAGGCAGGUACUACGGCUUUAGCAGCCGCCGAUACCCUGCCACACCUGUGCCCAAGACAUAUUUCAAUCGAUGUUUGCACGGUGGCGAGCUCAGGAGUGUGGUGACUCCGGUGCCUCGACUCAUGGGCCUCGGUAAUGCAGUCGGGAACGCGGCCGGACCCAGUAAUGUCAGUUCCUGCCGGAGCGUCGUCCGGCCGAGCACGCGAGCCCGCAACGAGAACAAUCGACACGGUUCGUCGUCGCUCAGGGCCACCCGGCUCGGCCAGCUGAACAACAUCCCCAACAAUGUCACCGACACCAGCAACAAUCAAUUGAUACUGCCGAACGCGACCGCCAGCGGCACUAACAGGAGCCUACUGGGUUUCUCCGAGUUCAGCGACGCGGAAUUGGCCGGCUUCCGGCUGCGUUGCGGCAUAUGGAUCACUUUCGUCGUGGCGUCGACCUUCGUUGCCGCCGCUAAAUUCUACUUCGGUUACAGGGGACCGGGACUGGAAAUACUUGUAUUCUGCGGGCUGCUGCUGCUGCUACUGAUCGCCUGCCUGUACUCGAUCUUCUGCCGCGUUCAGAAUCACGGCCGGCCGGAGCACCGCAUGCAGGAGGACCACAUCGCUGCCCUGACCAGCGCCGGCGACGUGUCAGUCGGCGAGAGCGCGAGGCCGACCGUGCCGACGGCGAUGGUGAGGCCGAACCCGCAGCCGACGGUAAGGCCGAACCCGCCUCCGCCACCUUAUCACAUCGCCAUCCUGAUACCGCCGCCUGGUAUCGCAGACGAGGCACCGCCGCCGUCUUACGACAAGGUCAUGCGAUGAAAUCGAGUCGUCGACGACUUUGCCCGGGCGUUUUCCGCGUCCGCUCGGCGACGUGACCGUCCAGAGGGAUGGUAGAAACUCGGAGAACCGCGACGAGGUCUAACGAUGAAAUCGAGCUGAACCGACGGAUGAAGAAUUGUCGUCGCACGCGACGCAUUCGCAUUUUUCCGCUCGCGCGGAACCGCUGAACCGUGCGAUUAACUCGCUUGCAAAAAGAAAAGGACGGGAAGAUCGAUCCUGGGAGAAGGUCGCGUGACGUGAACUUUCCCAGCACUUUCGACAUUUUCACGUCUGUUCAGGGACGUAGCGACGGCGAUCGCCGUAAAAUAAGAGACGAGGCGAGCCUGCGGAGGGGUAGUAGCUGGGAGAAAAUGAUUCCGCUAAGCUCGCCACCGAUUUCCCACGGGGGCUUUCCCGACUACUGCACCCCUGCGGCAAAGGUACGGUAGAAAAGUGUUGCGCGCGAUCGUGAGACACUUCGGGAUGAUUCGAAAUAGCGCGCGAGAAGCGUUGACGGAUGAACCGCUCGUUCGAGCGUAGAAGAGAGGAAGAAUGAUUCAGAGUCGACGGUUCUCGAAUCCGCGAAUUUCUCUGCGCGGAUCAGGCGCUACAGAGGCGCGCCAUCGAACUCCUUCCGAUCGUUUCUCCCCUUCCGCGAUUCGCGUCUUCACUUCAGACUUAGGAUAACGAAACCGCGCUUCCUUGAACUCUGUCUGAUCCCGAAUCACCCGAGACACUUCCAAUACGAUUAUAAGACUUUACGGAUCGACUACGAUCCGAUACGUGUGAAUAUAUCGCGCUCUCUUGUUAGCGGAAGCUGCAACAAGCGGGCGCGAAUCUCAUAGAAUAGGUAAUUUUCACGUCUGUGAUAAGAACGCAACAUGUAAUAUUGGCAACACAUACACACACAUAAAUAUACGUGCAUACAGUGAGGAUUUGAGAGGAGAGGAUGAGAGAAAUUUGCAUAACAUUAUUUUCUAGCGAGCGUUGAUACAAAUCGGAAGCGGGUGUAUUAACCUAACGAAUUUGCAUUUGAUGCGGAUGAAACUGUGUAUUCUAAUCUUCUACACUGUAAUCAUUAUAUGAGACUGUGUGAUAUAUCUAACCUAGGUUUAGGUCGUAGCGCGUUGCAAACCGCCGAGCCAAUCGUUUGCGCUUCAGUUUAUCUUGCGACUAGCUUUAGACUCUUUAGGAGAGGAGCUCGAGUCGAGGCUAGAAUCCAGGGGGUCGAUUUUCUAUCACAAAACGCAAUGGGAAUUAGAAAAGUGAACUCUCAUUCGAUCGGGUAACUUUCACCAUGACAAAAACGCGAUGUAUCUUGCAAGUGAGAUCACUUGACGAGUAACUUCGUGCCGAACGGCAUCAAACGAUGUCGCCAAGGAUAUCCGUGAUUUUCACAUCGCGUACAGCCAAUCGCGCGUAUUCACUCCAAGACGCACAGAUUCGCGUCAACAGCUGCUCAACUGAAAAUGCCAAAUAAAAGUGCCAGAGAUUUGUAUUCGGCUGUCGUGAUUAUUGGCUCGAGUGGUCCAAUUGUAUCGCCAAAGGGAAUUCAAAAUGGACGAAGACGUUCGGCGCAUUUUUUAGUCAGGCAGCUGACGCGAGUGCGCUUCCGCUCGCGUUCCGACUCCGAUCGACCUCGCUCUCCUAAAUUGCGAUUUCGUGGUCGAGGUGCAUUUCUGAUUUCCCUUACUUCGAAGAUUUCCACGCGGACGCUCGCGUUUCAGCAUCGGUCGUUGAAUCGAAAGGUGUUUCUUCCAGAAGGUCGCUGGAUCCUUACGUCCGUUCGAUAAUACUUUGACUGUCUUUACUGCAGUAGCCAUGUUCUGUUCAACUUUCAACGACAAUGUCGUCUUCGUGAAGUUGUGGUCGGUGCGUAGCUUUUCUACUGUGGUUUUCUUAUUCCGCUAACGCGCUAACAAGUCAAGACGUAUGAGCAUUCGCAGUAUCGCUCGUUUUCUAAACGCGGUGAUAACAAUGCUCUGUUACGGAAAUCGAUAAAAAUCGAUAAUCACGCGUGCGUUAUAGCGAAAUUCCUCUUCAAAAUUACUAAUAAGUGGACUUGUUAGCGUGCAUUAUACCUGCGUAACGACAACGUUAUGAUAACGACACUGUCGUUAAAAAUGACAAAUGCGCGGAGAGAGAGAGAGAGAGAGUGUGUGUGUUUUAUCAAACGCAUACACACACGACAUGCGCGCGCGUAUAUAUACUCAUACACAUACACAUCCAUUCGCAUGAAUGAAAGAAAAGAAGCGCACAAAUUUAAGCGUGCGAUUAGAGUCGACAAAAAUUCGCGAAACGCACGCACGACUCGGUCGUCACUUACGACAAACUGAUAAUAAUACGGAGUGUUCGAUAAUCGGCAUGUUUGACGCACGUAGUGCGUUAGUUUCUUCUCGAAAAAGGAAAAAAAAUACCUAUUCGCUCUUUCCCAAACGAAUGUCCCAUCUGUGGGACCAACAUUUUAUUACGAAUAAAAUGCGAUUUUAGCGUGAGACGAGUAAUAUCUCUAGUACGUUAAAGGUGGAGCGCGAUCAUUCGGAUGCAAAAUCGGCCGGCUAUUUGACUUAACUGUCUGAUGAUUCCGGUCUGAGCCGAGAGAGCAGAGACAAGUUAAAAAGUAAGCGAUUGUGUUCUCUGUUUAUCAAAUGCGCUCAUUAACGAACACUGUAUGUACGGUGCAUAUCGCGUACUUCUCACGAUAUACGAAGCACACGCGCGAAGUUUCACUUAUACUUUACAAACAUGUAAUGACACAGAUGUGUUUAGAAAAAGCUAAGAGAGUUGUCGCGUAAAAUCAUAAUACGAUUUUGUAUUUCUCUUUUUCUCAGUGAGAAUGCGUGAAUGGGGAGAAAGAGAGAGAGAGAGAGAGAGAGAGAGAGAGUUGAAAGAGUGGUGCGUGUACGCAUGUAAAAUGAUCGCUUACAUCAUAACCCUGUAUAUUUAAGGAUAGCUACAUAUAAUACACACUAAUGUGAGAUCUCGUUUGAACGUUCUUUGUAACUGUAAGUAUCGCAACCUUAUCGUGAUGUACAAAAUUCAUCGUACUUUUUAACUGCACUUAAUAGACACAUUUCAAUCGAGAAAAGUGUAAGUGAAACAAGACACAAAUUCUCCAUUCUCCACGUGCAUCCCUCAAUGCAAGAUUAAAAUUAAUGAAAGAUUAAAAAAAAAAAAGAGGAGGACUCACACAUGAAGUUAUAAAUAUAAUUUAUUUAUUCGCAUGAGAAGCGCAACAUUGGAGAAUAUGGAUCUUGUUUCCACGCACUCUUCGAAAUUCUUUCCUCUUUCUUAUUCUACUGCCUCGAUAUAUAUAUAUAUAUAUAUAUCGGUGCUUACCCGGUGGAUACCAAAGUAAAACAAACGCAUAUAUAAUAUAUAUACACACGUUUGUUUUACUUUGGAUUACGGAAAGCGUAAGAAAGUGCAGCUGAAAAGAGUAGAUACGGACCUAGUAAAGUCCGUUUCUUCCUACGUGUCACAGUUUAAGAAAAUCGCAGUCGGUUCGCCGCACGCAAAGUGUUGUCUAAAAAGUGUUCUCACCGACCCCGUUCUUGUUACUUACACUCUCCUGAAAUGAAAUAUGGAUGGACUGAAUGAACAGGAUAGAAACAAGUGUCCCGGCUCGCGCCGAGAAGAGAGAAUAAAGGAGAAUAAAGGAUGAGCAGAGAGCGCAGCUAAUAAGAGCGGGUUCGUGCAGGAAAGACGCAGCACAGUUCAUCCGCGAGAUUGAUGAAGGUAUAAAUAUAAGCGUGUUUAAGUCGUACAUGAAGCAAAUGCGACGACGAGACGAAAGCAAAUAAAAAAGAAAUCUCUCCUCGUGAGGUGGCUUCGCGCGUACGUUGCGAGAAAGGUGAGUUCUCUAGUUCUAAUUAACGAUAAUCGGUAUUGCAAUAUCGCCGGUCUUGAAGAAAGCCAGCGAGAACUUCUCCAGAACAGACGAUAUGAGCGACGAUACAAUCGAGACGCGAAAUUGCAAGUAAAACUUAAGAUGUGAAUUUUUGUUCACAGAGAUCAAGUUUUUCGGUUUUUAGCAUUAAGUAAUAUCAAUAAGUCAUAAAUUAAUAAAGAUUAAUAAAUAAGUCGUAAGUUGCAAUAAACGGUUUGUGAAUUUUUCUCCAAGACCGACGACGUGUCUUCUCCAUCAAAUGACAGUGUAUAUAUAUUACUAUGAUACAAACGAAAUUACAGUCUCUUCGAAGUAUAAUAAUAAUGAUAAUAAAUCAAAUGAUACUGAUUGCGAGCCACAUAUUUACGAUCUUGUACGGAGUGCACGUAUGUAACACAGAGAUGAAAGUAUUUCGGAGGCUGCCGUGUCAAAAAUACAUAAUUAUCAAAGAA